GCUUUUAAGAGUGAUCUUAUUGUGCUUACUGAGCAAAAUACUAGUUUAGCGAUGCUGGGAAACUUGUCAAAAGUUUUGUGGCGAUUUAAUGAUAACACCAAAGUUAAAAGAUAUUUCUUUCGUGGUUUUAAAAUGAAACACGAUCAGAAGAAAGGUCCGAAAAAGUUCACCAAUUCAGAUAGAGCAUUGGAACAUUUUGAUCUACACUAUAAACCAUUCUACAAGGAUAAAUGGCCUUCUAUAAGAAUUUCAUUGCUAACAGCUAAGAAAACAUGUGCAGUUAUGAAUAAUUUUGCAGAAAAUAGUAAAUACAUUGAUGAUUUUAAACAUAAAGGGGCAUAUGAUAUAGUAGAGAGGGCCAAGGCAAGGCAGCUUGAAAAUGUGUCAGAAGACAAUGCUAAUGUAAAUGAUGAUUGUACUUCAGAACUAGAAAACAUGCCUGGCAAUGAAUUAAGUAUAGGAGAUAAAAUUGCCGGAAAGAAAAUUGAGAAUAGUGAGUUAAGAUUUGAAAAAACAGAAGAGUCUGAUACAUCCCUUGAUAAUGAUAGAGUUCAAGAAGUGUUAAAUGAACCAGAUGAGCAGUUUAUUGAAUUAAAUAAGGUUGCUGAUAUGAAAAUUACUGGACUUGAUUUUGAUAGAACUGAUUUGCAUAAUUUUAUGCCAGUUGAAACAGUGUAUUCAGAAACUGUAAAUUUAAGAAUCGAAGAAGCUAAAAGGAGUGUAUAUACCCCAUCUGAUGUUAAAGUUGACAUUGUAAAACCAAGAAUGAUAAAUUUACCAGAAGUUCUACAGGUGAUAGGAUUUCCAAGUGGUGAUAUUACAGAGUUUCCAGAUGUUAAAAUAGAUAAACCAGAUGGUCACUUAUGUUACUUUAUGAUGGAUGCAGCCUCAAUUCUUCCUGUAAUUGCCCUUGACCUUGAGAAAGGUGACAAUGUUCUUGACCUUUGUGCAGCCCCAGGUGGAAAAUCAUUAACAAUUUUACAGACUGAACUUGCAGGGCAUCUAACAUGUAAUGAUUUAUCCGGAUCUAGAGUAAAGAGAUUACUAGAUAUAUUACAGUUUUAUAUACCAGAGGAAGAGAGGAAUAAUGUGACAGUGACAAGAAAAUCAGGUCUAACUUACAACCAGCCAGAUUUUGACAAGGUGUUAGUAGAUGUUCCAUGUAACACAGAUAGACAUUACCUGCUAGAAGAUAAGAACAAUCUAUUCAGUCCUAGUCGUAUUAAUGAGAGAAUAGAAAUGCCAACUGUACAAAAGGAUCUCCUGCUAGCUGGUAUAAAGUCAUGUCGACCUGGCGGCUGCAUUGUUUACUCCACCUGCACCCUAAGCCCCGCCCAGAAUGACGGAGUUAUACAGAACACACUUGAUGACCUCUGGAGAAACACAAAUAUUGAUGUCGUUGUUGAAAGUUUAAGGGAAAAAAUGACCUUUUUUAAAAUUUUAAAAAACCUUUUAGAUUUCAAAAAGGACAAUUAA